UGAGAAUUUUGACGAGAAAAGAAGUAUGAGAAUAGUGUUGCUGGUUGCAUCUUCUGUCACACGUGUCUGCACUGCAAGGUGCGUAGGAUCACAUCAAAAUGGUGCGACACAAUAAUCAACUACCCAAUAAUAUUCCUCAACUACAGAACCUCAUCAAACGAGACCCAGCGUCUUAUAAAGAUGAGUUUGCUCAGCAGUACCGCCACUACUCAGCUCUUCUGGAGAUUUUCAAGCUGCAUCCAGAGAAGUAUGAAAAGAAUUUAGAAGAGUUGGUCAUGUUCUUGGCACAAGUAGCUCAGUGCUAUUCAGAGGAACUCAAGCUGUAUCCUCAGGAGCUGAUGACUUUACUUCAAACUCAUCACACAGUUCUUGACCCCGGAAUGCGCAUGACAUUUUGCCGGGCCUUGAUAUUGCUCCGUAACAAGAACCUGUUGGCUCCAACAGACCUCUUGUCUCUCUUCUUUCAUCUGCUGAGAUGCCAAGACAAACAGCUCCGGCAAUUUCUUGAGACUCACAUCAUUACUGACAUUAAAAAUGUCAAUUCAAAGCACAAAAACACUAAGUUGAAUACGUCUCUUCAGAAUUUUAUGUACAGUAUGUUGAAUGACUCCAACCCCAAGGCUGCAAAAGUGUCGCUAGACAUAAUGAUAGAUCUGUAUAGGAAGAACAUUUGGCGUGAUGCCAAAACAGUCAAUGUUAUUGCUACUGCCUGUUUUUCAAGAGUAACAAAGGUAAUGGUUGCUGCUCUUAAAUUUUUCACUGGAGCAGACACCGAAGAAGUUAAGGAGGAUAGUGAUUCUGAGGAUGAAGUGAAGCCCAAAGAUGUUAUGCUGGCUAACAAAUUUAACAAGAAGACUAGGAAAAGAGAGAAGAAUUUACAGCGUGUUCAACAGCUAGUGAAGAAAAAGAAAAAGAAGGAAUCUGUGCCUGUGUUCAAUUUUUCUGCUCUUCAUUUAGUGCAUGAUCCUCAAGGUCUUGCUGAGAAACUAUUUAAACAGCUCGAAAAGACAAACGAAAGGUUUGAGGUGAAACUCUUAACAUUGGACAUGAUCUCGAGACUCAUUGGUCUUCAUCAGUUGUUUCUUUUUAACUUCUACCCGUAUAUUCAGCGUUUUAUUCAACCUCACCAGAGAGAGGUCACUAAACUUCUUCAGUUUGCUGCUCAAUCUGCCCAUGAAUUGGUUCCACCAGAUACUUUAGAACCAGUGCUGAGGACAAUAGUGAACAACUUUAUAACAGAGAGAAAUUCUUCAGAUGUCAUUGCUAUUGGUCUGAAUGCAGUUCGAGAAUUUUGUGGACGCUGUCCCUUGGUAAUGUCUGAGGACUUAUUAAGGGAUCUAGCUGAAUACAAGAAAUACAAGGAUAGAAGUGUGGGUAUGGCAGCACACUCUCUUAUACAUCUUUAUCGUCAGCAUCAACCUGAACUAUUGCACAAGAGAGAUCGGGGUAGGGCAACGGAAGCUUCAGAUGAAUUAAAAACCUUGAAAUAUGGUGAAGUUGAUGCAAAAAGUUACAUCCCUGGAGCAGAGGUUUUGCUGAAACCGGCUAAGGCAAAGGAGGGAACUAAUCAAUCUGGGCAUGACAGUGAUGACAGCUGGGUUGAUGUAGGUGAUGAUGGAUCAGGAAUUGAAAUCAGUAGUAGUGAUGAGAGUGAAGGGGAGUGGGUUGAAGAGGAUGAAGAAGAGAAUGAAGAGGAGGACGGAGAAAAAUGUGACAAUGAAGGGGGUGAUGAAGAACAAAAUACGGAGGAGAGUGAGGAUGACAGUGAUGAGGAAGAUGUUGGUGAUGAUGAAGACAGCUCAGACGAGGAAGAAGAUGAUGAAGAAGAAGAAGAAGAUGUUGAUGAGGCCAAAAGUUCUUCAAGGAGCAAGAUCACUUCAGAGAAGAAUUCAAAGUCUAGCAAAUCUUCAAAGCUCACCAGAAAAGAGUUGGUGCGCCAAAAUGUUGUGGAAAAGAAAGCCAAGGCUGAAGAAAUAAUGCUAGAUCGAAUCCUCACAGAUGAAGAUUUUAAGCGAAUUGACGCAGCUCAAAUUCGGAAGCAAAUGCACUUGGUUUCUAAACAAGGGCUAAAGAGAUCAGCUGAAGAUGAUGCUCUUCGUGAGAGGGGUGAACUUGUGCGUCUGGAUGAUAUUGAAAACAUUUAUAAAAAGCGACGUCAUGACCUGGAAGCUCGUCUGGAAACCAUGAGGAAGGAUAGAGCUGAACGAUCUGCAUUUGGAUAUAAGGGAGGCAGGGUAAAUCCUCACGCAAGUACAACCAACAGAGAGAAGAAAAAGAACAAGAACUUCAUGAUGUUGAAGCACAAAGUUCGUGGCAAGCUUAAGCGUUCCUUCAAGGACAAACAGAUCGCUCUUCGUGACCACUUAAUUAAACAGAAAAAAAUGAAGUAAAGCUGCUUCUUUUUUAUGUGUUUUCAUGAUGUGGCUGUUAAUUUUUAGUCCUAUACAAAAAUUAAUUUGUAAAUAUAUUUUUUGUACAUAGUUUUUGAAAUUAUGAAAUAUAUUAUAAUAAACUAUGUACAACCAGAGCCGUUGUAUAACCAGA